CACGAAUGGCAGUUCAGGGGCUCCAUAAUUUCUACACUGGGAGGUGAAGUCGUCUCAGCUGGAGGGCGUCCCCACUAAAGGACACUGGUGCAUGCAUGCAUGCAGGGAGCGGGGUCGUCCUCCAGAGGUGCAGCAGCACCACCUCCUCCCCCUGCCUCUACGUAUGAGCCGUCACGGUGCAGACAGAGGUUGGAAACAUGGCGGCGGACGGAAUGGUGCUCACUAACCACGACCAUCAGACCCGUGUGGGCAUCCUGACGGUCAGUGACAGCUGCUUUAAGAACUUGGCAGAAGACAGGAGUGGAGUAAACCUGAAGGACCUGGUCCACGAUCCCUCACUGCUGGGAGGAGUCAUUGCGGCCUACAAAAUAGUUCCAGAUGAGAUCGACGAAAUCAAGGAAACUCUUUUGGAGUGGUGUGAUGAACAUGAGCUGAAUCUCAUUCUGACCACUGGAGGAACUGGUUUCGCACCACGAGAUGUUACACCAGAGGCUACCAGGGAGGUGAUUGAGCGAGAGGCCCCAGGGAUGGCUCUGGCCAUGCUGAUGGGAUCCCUCAACGUUACCCCUCUUGGAAUGCUGUCCAGACCAGUUUGCGGUAUUCGCGGUAAAACUCUAAUCAUCAACCUUCCAGGCAGCAAGAAAGGCUCACAGGAGUGUUUUCAGUUCAUCCUGCCCGCCCUGCCUCACGCCAUCGACCUGCUGCGCGACGCCACCGUCAGGGUGAAGUCCACGCAUGCCGCGCUGGAGCAGCUGCCCUCACCAUCCUCGCUGCUGACCAACACGCACGCCAACGCUCACGCCAACACACACACCAUGGAGCGUGGCACCCAGUGUGAGGAAGAGGACGAAGAGGAGGAGGACAGGAGGAGAGGCCAGCACAACCACCACCACCAUCACCAUCACCAUCACCAGCAUGGCUCCUCCCACAUCACCGCAGCCGCCAUCGCUGCCAAGAUCCCGGACUCGAUCAUUUCUCGAGGCGUUCAGGUGCUUCCACGAGAUUCGGCGUCUUUAAGCUCCACCCCCUCCGAGUCACCGCGGGCGACACAGGCGACCUCCCGCCUUUCCACCGCCUCAUGUCCAACACCGAAGGUCCAGUCACGAUGCGGCAGCAACGAGAACAUCCUGAGAGCCAGCCACAGUGCCGUCGACAUCAGUAAAGUGGCGCGUCGUCACCGCAUGUCGCCGUUCCCGCUGACGUCAAUGGACAAAGCCUUCAUCACCGUUCUGGAGAUGACACCGAUUCUGGGAAUUGAAGUCAUCAACUACAGAGAUGGUUUGGGCCGGGUGCUUGCUCAGGACAUCUAUGCCAAAGACAACCUCCCUCCAUUUCCGGCCUCUGUUAAGGACGGCUAUGCUGUACGAGCUGCUGAUGGACCUGGAGACCGCUUCAUCAUGGGAGAGUCCCAGGCUGGACAGCAGCCCACCCACACAGUAAUGCCUGGUCAGGUGAUGAGAGUGACGACCGGCGCUCCAAUCCCCUGUGGAGCCGACGCCGUGGUCCAAGUGGAAGAUACGGAGCUGCUGAGGGAAUCUGAGGAUGGCACAGAGGAGCUGGAGGUGAGGAUAAUGGUCCAGGCCCGGCCCGGACAGGACAUCAGGCCCAUCGGCCAUGAUAUCAGGCGGGGGGAGUGUGUUCUGGCUAAAGGCACACACAUGGGCCCCUCGGAGAUUGGCCUACUGGCCACAGUGGGAGUGACCGAGGUCAGCGUGCACAAAUUCCCUGUGGUGGCCGUCAUGUCUACUGGAAACGAGCUGCUGAAUCCAGAGGAUGACCUCCACCCCGGGAAGAUCAGAGACUCCAAUCGCUCCACCCUCCUCGCCACCAUCCAGGAGCAUGGAUACCCCACCAUCAACCUUGGCAUCGUUGGAGACAACCCUGAUGACCUGCUGUCAGCACUGCAUGAGGGAAUCAGCCGUGCCGAUGUCAUCAUCACCUCAGGGGGCGUGUCCAUGGGGGAGAAGGACUACCUGAAACAGGUGCUAGAUAUUGAUCUUCACGCUCAGAUCCACUUUGGACGAGUAUUUAUGAAGCCAGGUCUUCCCACUACCUUCGCCACCGUUGACAUCGAUGGAACACGGAAACUCAUCUUUGCUCUGCCAGGUAAUCCAGUGUCUGCUGUGGUCACAUGCAACCUGUUUGUGAUUCCUGCUCUGAGGAAGAUGCAAGGCAUUCUGGACCCCAGACCUACAAUUAUUAAAGCCAGGCUUUCCUGUGACGUGAAGCUGGACCCCAGACCCGAGUACCAUCGCUGCAUUCUGACCUGGCAUCAUCAGGAGCCGCUGCCCUGGGCCCAAAGCACAGGAAACCAGGUGUCCAGCCGACUCAUGUCGAUGCGAAGCGCCAACGGCCUGCUGAUGUUACCCCCCAAGACCGAGCAGUACGUGGAGCUGCACAAGGGCGAGGUUGUGGACGUCAUGGUAAUUGGCCGGCUAUGAUGCAGACCUUCAUGUCACUUGCUACCGAUCACCGUGGCAACACCAGAAGACUUCUUAUCUGGACCAGGAACUGGGUGGGGUUGGUGGGGGCAGGAAGUGAUGCAUGUCUAUCUGGUGGCCAUUAGCUGUGAUGUCAUAUGCAACAGCCAAUCGGAGCCAGUGCGGGCUGAAUUCUCAUUGAGGAGAUCACUGUACUUCAACGUAAAAAAAAAGUGAAAGAAAUCUAUAAAAGAAGAUUUAUUCUGUAAUAUUAUUAUCCUAAUAAUAAUAAUUAAUAUUCUUAAUAUUCUAUUUAUUAUUAUUACCAUGGUUCUGGUUGAAUAUUCUCAUCUUAGUAGUCUUCAUCCCCUCUUCUCUCCUGUUCAUUUGCUUUGUGCGUUUUACCCUGGUAGGUAAAAAGUAGAGACUUCCUCUUCCUCAUGCUCUCCUUUUUCUUCUUCUUCGUUUUAUACUCCUACCUUCACCGCUGCUUUGCUCCAGCUCCUUUAUCAGAUAUAUAAUGAUGAUAACAAUAACUUCCUGCUGGAGCAGUGCAGUAACUGUUAAAGUUUUGCCAAGAAAUAAAAAACACAGAGAUCAUCUGGAA